CUGCGUCACUCGGUGGUGGCGAUGGUGCGUGUGUGUGGGGGGCGGGGGAUACGCUGGGCGCGUCCCCGGGGUCACGUGGUGCGCAGCGCGCACAGUCCUUCUGUCGGUUGGUCUGGAGCGGCGCAGCAGGAGCCGGGCCGUGAGGAGAAUAAAAGCAGCCUCGUUGAUGACUGAAAAUGACAAAGCAUCCACCUAACAGACGAGGAAUCAGCUUUGAAGUGGGAGCCCAGUUGGAAGCUCGGGACCGUUUAAAAAACUGGUACCCGGCUCACAUUGAAGACAUUGACUACGAAGAAGGGAAAGUUCUCAUCCAUUUCAAGCGUUGGAACCAUCGUUAUGAUGAGUGGUUUUGCUGGGACAGUCCUUACCUGCGCCCUUUAGAGAAGAUACAGCUGAGGAAAGAGGGCUUACAUGAGGAAGAUGGAUCUUCUGAAUUUCAAAUAAAUGAGCAAGUGCUUGCUUGCUGGUCUGACUGUCGAUUCUAUCCAGCCAAAGUCACUGCUGUGAACAAGGAUGGUACUUACACUGUGAAAUUUUAUGAUGGAGUAGUUCAAACUGUCAAACAUAUACAUGUCAAAGCUUUUUCCAAAGAUCAGAAUAUUGUGGGUAAUGCUAGGCCUAAAGAGACAGAUCACAAAAGUCUUUCAUCAUCUUCUGAGAAACGAGAGAAGUUUAAAGAACAGAGAAAAGCCACCGUCAACGUGAAGAAAGACAAAGUGGAAAAAGUUUUAAAGACAGAAAAGCGGCCCAAACAGCCUGACAAAGAAGGAAAGCUGCUCUGCUCAGAGAAGGGCAAAGUGUCCGAAAAAAGCCUCCCCAAGAACGAGAAGGAAGAUAAGGAGAACAUUUCAGAGAAUGACAGGGACGCCCAGGUGGAAAAGAACCCUGAAAAUGACCUUGUGAAGAGUCCACAGGAGAGCCUGAAGGAGCCAAAAAGGAAGCGAGGCAGACCCCCUUCCAUAGCUCCUGCUGCUGUGGAUUCAAACUCUCAAACUUUGCAACCAAUAACACUGGAAUUGAGGAGACGGAAAAUAUCAAAAGGAAGUGACAUCCCAUUAAAACGUCCCCGGCUUGACAAAAAUUCAUCUCAAGAACAGUCAAAAAACCGCUCUGAAAACAGUGACAAAGACUUGUCCAGGAGACGGUCCUCCAGGCUGUCCACUAAUGGGACCCAUGAGAUCCUAGAUCCUGACUCAGUUGUACCUGAUCUGGUUCAUGUGGUUGAUACGGAUCCUCCAAAAGACAAGACACCCAGCACCAAGGAACCUGCCGAAGGUCAGUUGACAUCUCCACUGGAAACUGGCCAGGUCUCAUCUGCAUUAACUUGCCACCCCUUUGGGGAUGGACUAGGGGCAGCAGGCUUAGAGUUGAACAGCAAGUCAAUGGGAGAGAACACUAUGAAAACAGAACCGGCGUCUCCUCUUGCUGAGGCCCAGGAGGUUCCGGUCGUGGAAGUUCCAAAUACUUUGAAGAAAACAGAGGACUUUGUGACAUUGAAUGUGCCAUCUGUGGACCUCGACCACAAGUUUCGAUGCAAGGUUGUGGACUGUUUGAAGUUUUUCCGCAAGGCUAAACUGUUGCACUAUCAUAUGAAGUAUUUCCACGGGAUGGAGAAGUCGCCAGAGCCAGAGGAGAGCCCGGGGACGAAGCAUGUGCAGACUCGGGGCUCUGUGGUACCCGACAAAGCCAGCCAAGAGAGCCUGACCAGGAAGCGGGUGUCUGCCAGCUCCCCAACUGCAAAAGAGAAGGAAAAAAAUAAAGAGAAGAAAUUCAAAGAACUUGUGAGAGUGAAGCCAAAGAAGAAAAAGAAAAAGAAAAAGAAAGCUAAGCCUGAAUGUCCCUGCAGCGAGGACAUCAGUGACACCUCCCAGGAGCCUUCUCCACCCAAAACAUUUGCUGUCAGCAGGUGUGGGUCCUCACACAAGCCUGGGGUCCAUAUGAGCCCACAGCUCCAUGGUUCAGAUAACGGAAACCACAAAGGGAAAUUGAAAGCAUGUGAGGAGGAUAAUUUGAGCGAGUCCUCUUCUGAGAGUUUUCUUUGGAGUGAUGAGGAAUAUGGUCAAGAUGUCGAUGUGACCACCAACCCAGAUGAGGAGCUUGAAGGUGACGAUCGCUAUGAUUUUGAGGUGGUCCGUUGCAUCUGUGAAGUGCAGGAGGAAAAUGACUUCAUGAUUCAGUGUGAAGAGUGCCAGUGCUGGCAGCACGGGGUCUGCAUGGGAUUGCUGGAAGAAAACGUACCUGAAAAAUACACCUGCUAUGUUUGCCAAGACCCUCCAGGUCAGAGGCCUGGCUUCAAGUACUGGUACGACAAGGAGUGGUUGAGCCGGGGACACAUGCAUGGCCUGGCAUUUCUAGAACAGAACUACUCCCAUCAGAAUGCUAAGAAGAUUGUGGCCACGCACCAGCUCCUCGGGGACGUGCAGAGAGUGAUUGAGGUUCUUCACGGCCUGCAGCUCAAGAUGAGCAUCUUGCAAAGCAGGGAGCACCCUGAUCUGCAGCUGUGGUGCCAGCCCUGGAAACAGCACUCAGGGGAGGGGAGAUUGCAUUCCAGACACAUCCACAUCACAGACGCCAGGAGCAAGGAUGAGUCCCCGAGCUAUAGAACUUUGAAUGGGGCGGUAGAGAAGCCGUUGCCCCUGUCACGGUCUGUGGAAGAGUCCUAUAUCACCAGCGAGCACUGCUACCAGAAGCCUCGCGCCUAUUACCCCGCUGUGGAACAGAAGCUGGUGGUGGAGACGAGGGGCUCGGCCCUUGAUGACACAGUCAGCCCUCUCUGUGAGAAUGGUGACGAUCCCCUCUCCCCUCGCCUAGGCUGGCCCCUUGACCAAGACAGGAGCAGAGGGGACACCGACUCCAAACCCAGCUCUCCAAAGGUGAAGGAAUACAUGUCCAAGAAGGUCCUGCCGGAAGAAGCCCCUGCUCGGAAGCUGCUGGACAGAGGUGGAGAAGGGCUGGUGAGCUCGCAGCACCAGUGGCAGUUUAAUCUGCUGACGCACGUGGAGUCUCUUCAGGACGAAGUGACGCAUCGGAUGGACUCCAUUGAGAAGGAGCUGGAUGUGCUGGAGAGCUGGCUGGACUACACUGGGGAACUGGAGCCCCCAGAGCCGCUGGCCAGGCUUCCACAGCUCAAGCAUUGCAUCAAGCAGCUGCUGACGGACCUGGGCAAGGUGCAGCAGAUUGCCCUCUGCUGCUCCACAUGAAAUCGGGCACCUAAGACAUUUGGAGCACGAUCCUGGCAUGUCUGCCAGGGGAGCUUCGCAUAUUUAAGUAAAUAAACUUAGCAUGCUGAAUGCACGUGACACUGACUGACUUCAGGGAUUUAGCCAGGAGUGUGAUGGACAUCGGGACAAAGAGACCAUUUUGGCUGCUGGGGGCACUCGAUCUGGAAGCCAACCACGAAGGCAGCACAUAGUCUUAGAAAUCCCCUUCUGUGCACAUCGUUGAACGAAGCUUUUGAGUCUUUGCACAUGUUCACUUGGAAUCGUGCCACGGAUGAGAAGUGAAAUGAGAGCCAAAAAAACAAAACAAAUCUAGUUGCAGAGUUAUAAAUUCAACUUGCAGCAUGUUUAAUUGACUGGUCAGGUUGAGGCAUGUGCCAACCCCUCUGGUUUCUCUGCCUGGUGUGGUGUGUGGGCAGCAGGCACCCAUUUCGUCUUUCAGCUUCACUGGAGCGUUGGGACGUCACUGUGCGGUGCCGUGUGGGAAGGAGCAGGAGCCCCAAGGCAUCCUCGUGGCAUCAUUUGCUCAGCAUGGUUUCACGGUGCUGGGGACAGGUUUUGUUGCUACCCCAGAGUUGGCUGGGCUGUGGC